CUCUUUCAACUUGCAACUUUCAAACCGAAAACGACCGCCAUAAGCGUAACUUGUGCUUUUAUAGGUACGACGUAAAGAAACCACACCACAUCAGAACACACGCGAAGUGCCGUAAAAGUGAGAAAUUGUUAUAAAUAUUGUUGCGGUGCUUAGAUUGGCGAUUUGGUACUAAGAACAAGCAGAAUUCGUGAUUUUGGGAGUGAUUAGAUAAAGCCUACGUUCGGUUUUGCUGAGAGCUGGUUACGUUAUUGUCGGUGUUUGUGCAACAUCAAAUUGCCAGAAGAUUCUUUGCAAAAUGUUCACUUGCAAGAAGGAUAUUGAUCGACAUGUGAAAACAUCUCUAGCAAAAUUGCCGGAAACUGAGAAAUAUACGCGUGGUUUAGCAAUAGCUCGCCAGUAUUUCAAAUUAGGCGAAUAUGCUAGUGCUGAGCAUUGGUUGUCCUGUUACCUGUCAGUGCAGGAGGAUAGCGCCCAGGCACACAAACUGCUUGGUCAGUGCUACGAAAAGCAGAAAAAGAUUGAUAGAGCCAUCACCUCCUACCAGCGUUCUUUGCAGUUGGAUUCAAAACAAACUGGAUUGAUUACUGACGUGUGUAAGCUGCUUCUCGCGGAGGACAAUUUUAGUAAAAAUUUGUCAAAAGCAAAGCAUUGGUGUGACAUGGCUGAAACGGAACGGAUUACUCACGAAGCAGUAUUAAAUCUUAAACUGAAAGUUGCAAACAAAGAUGCUUCUGCAGAUAACAAAUAUGUGAAAGAAAUCAUCUUGAAGGAAAUAGUGUCUCGUCCGUUGGAUGUUGGUUUGAGAAUACGUUUAGUGAAGCAUUUUCUGGAUGAGAAAAAGGUUGACGAUGCCUUCAAGUAUUGCUACGACAUCGAGAUGAAAUUCAAUGAAACGUUCCAACAAUCGCUCGAAUGGACCAAUGCCAUUUCCUCAAUGUUGUCCAAAUACGCUGAUGUGAAUGUUAGUUCAUAUCAAUCCAGCUGGAGUUACUGGGUGCUCCUAAUUAUGACCUUAGAUCGACAAAUUUAUCUUAAUUUACUAGCGGACUUUUCCCUUCAAUCAAUCAAGCAAAUCAACCUGAAGGAAAUAGCCUCUUUAAUACAGGAAUUGGACCAAACAUUGCGAAAAUUCUCAGAGAAAGGUCGCAACUCAUGCUCACAAAAACAGCUAGUCGAGGAAUUUUUGCGACACUAUCGAGGACAACUCAUGCUGCAUUCUGCAUCCCUGUUGUUCAAAGAUGAAAAGCAAGGCGGAAAGGCGCGUGAUGUCACAACAAAAUGUUUACCAUUGCUGUUCUUAGCGUAUCAGUGUGGUGUCCCGGAUACAGAUGCACAGUGGUUGAAGCAUUGCAACGAGACUACCAGACAGUUGCUGGCACAUUGGAACAAACAAGCCGCCUUCCGCUGCUGUCAGGCCGGCUACACUAUCCAGUCCUGUGUUGAUGAGAGUGUUGAUGCAUCGGUUAUUGCGCAAAUUCAGAGUGUAACGGAAAGCAAGAUUUGGAAUACAGCAGAUGAUUUGGUCAAUCAGGUUCGUCAGUUUUGUUCCGACGCUGGCUGGAAGAAGAACAUAUUUCGCUCACUCUACAGCACUAAUGGUGACCAACUAUCAAAGAUGGCAACUUCAUACUUCAUGCAAAGCCCGGCAAUUGGUGAACCCAAAUAUGUUCUACCCAGACAAGAACAUCUGCAGAUGUACCUCGAGAUGGCUCAGUAUCUAUUUCCUUCGUCCCUACCAUACCAGGUCUAUCUAGGUUUAGUGAUAGAAGAUAUAUCCGAAUUGAAGUGUAAAUCCUUCAGUGGUCUGAACUUUUCGACCAAUAAUCUGGACAAUUGCAACCUUGAAACACUAAACCAACUGGACGUUGAUUCAUUUCUGUAUUGUUCGGUUUUAGUUGCCAAGAGUUGUUUGGAGGGAGAAAGAAAAUACCAGGAUAAAUUUAAUACGGGUAAACCAUUGAUUUUGCCUGGUCCAAAUAUGAUACCUGGGUUGUGUGAAGAAAAUAAGGUAGACUGGUGGAACGCUGCUUGUGCACUUUUUAAAAAUACCAAAAUAGAAGGAUUAUCUCUAAAUAAGCAACUUUUGCAACACGGAUUACAAGCAGUACGUGGCGUGGGUACACCAAUUACAGACGUUCUGGUUUUGUUAAAACUCGGAAAAAUCCUUUCAAAGAGGGCUUCUGCAAACAUCUUGCCAGAGGAACGACGUCAGUUGGAAUUGAGAGCAGAAAGUGUUUAUAAGGCCGGUGUACUAUUAUGGAAGAUCAGAAAUGAGGCAUCUUUUGGCAGCACAAAUGUUUUCUUCAAAUAUGGUAUUGAUUCGUAUGAAUGCAAUCAAGAAGCUGUAAGGCUUUCCGAAGACGCUUUGACUUAUCUGGCGGGAGUUUAUUUCAAACAUGGUCGUUAUGAGGAAUUUACUCACGAUUUCGGUGGAAUACCGUUGCCAUUCGCAGCGUAUUUUAGAGCUGAAGCUUUUAAGAAAUUGGAGGAAUCAAGCAAAACACCUCUUAAGUCGAAAAAGCUCUACGGUGAGAGAGCCCGUGACUGUAUUAAACAAACUCAAAAAUAUUUAGAACUGCCAUACAUCGAAAAGAGUCAUCCUUUACGUUAUGUGGUCAGCAGCGAAAUUAAACGUUUGCAACUGAAUGAAUCAUUAGACGGAAGCUUCAACAGUUCGGUGAAUGGAUUUGGAACAGCCGCUAUUGACGACAGCGAUCAUUUUCAAUCUUUCAGCUCCUCCACCAAUACAGGACCAAAUCGAUCUGAGCGAGAGGCGAUCGCCAAAACUAUUGAGCUUGAAAGUCUUAUUCGUAAAAUGAUGGAAACAUUAAACUUUGUAAAAGAAGACGUUCUCAACAUUAGAAAUGAUGUCGGAGAUAUCCAGGAACGAUUGGUGAAAAUUGAAGAUAAUAUUUACAAAAAACCUGUAGAAGACGAUGCCACUUCUGCUGCUGCCGUGCUUAAUGAUUUGUACAUGUUGGAUGAAUUGCAAAAUCCGUCCUAUGUCAAUCAACCUGCCUAUAACCAGAAUAUGCAAUCAUUAACUCCGACUAUGGCCCCGGGCCAUUCUCGAAUGUCAACCCACCAAGCCGCGGCCGCGGCAGCAGCUGCAGCGGCCUUGCAACAGCAGAACCCAUAUGCACAGUUUUAUAAUACCUCAUACCCAAUGUACAUGCAACAGUAUGCUCAGCAGCAGAGUCGUUCUCAAAUCGGAGCUAUUCCAUCUCCGAUGCACACCUAUCAAGAUAAUCUGCUUGUUCCCGCAGCCCCAACUGCAUAUUACCAGCAGCCGCAACCAACUCAACCAUCGCUUCCUUCUCAGGUCGCAAUUCCACCUCAACAGCAAGUUCCAGUUGCAUCCACCAAGAGUUCAUCUUUAAUUGAACAAGCGCUUCAGACACCUAACCUGUUAAAUACUUGGAACUCGACCUACAACUCAAAUUUCCCAAACGCAACAACACCGCAAGCUCCCGUUUCUAUGGAUAAAACUCCACCGGUAAACGUUGUAAUAACAAGUUCAGAUCCCCUUCCAACAAACAUCUCGAUCGGAACAACUCAACCAACGUAUAGCGUAACGAUUCCUCCUCAACAUAUUAAACAUAGUGUAAUUGGAAACACCACAGUUGGAGUCGGUAGUGCUAUUUCAUCUACCGGAGCAGGCAUUGAAAAUAUUUCACCCGCUGGUGAGCCGACAAUUAACACCAAAUUCCCUAUGGCUGCGCCAAAAAUGACCACACCGGUUGUCACACCUGGUUUGUUCAGUCAGAACGUCGGUGCUGCUAAUCCUGAAGAAGCUGGAGACGACGAUGAAGAUGAUGCCGUAAAUGUAUCUGGUGAAUAUGAUCCCCGUCCUGAUUUUAAACCAAUAAUCGCUUUACCGGCAGAAGUCGAAGUGAAAACUGGCGAAGAAGACGAAGAGAUGAUAUUCUGUGGCCGUUCUAAACUGCUCCGAAUUGUGAACAAAGAGUGGAAAGAGCGAGGGCUGGGUGAUCUGAAAAUUUUAAGAAGUAAAACCGAUCCUUCGAAAUAUCGAAUUGUUAUGCGCCGGGAUCAAGUGCACAAGAUAGCUGCUAACCAUUCAAUAACACCGGAACUUAUAAUCAAGGCUAUGGAGAAAAAUAACAAAUGUUACAUGUGGGCCGCAAUGGAUUUUGCUGACGAGGAACCGAAAAAAGAAACUUUUUGUGCUCGAUUCGCGUCUCCUGAGCUUGCCAAAGAGUUUCAUGAUAAAUUCAAUGAAGCCAAGGACGAAAUUAUUCGCUUGAAAAAACUAAACGAGCCGUCAAACGCUAGACCAGACGCUUCAACUGUACCACCUCUGGGUGUCACAUCUACACCCGUCAGUAAGCCCAUAUUCGGUUCUCAAUCGACUCAGAACACUGUAAAAUCUACUAGUACCGCAAGUACGACUCCAUCUACUACCACUAAUACGAGUUCACUGUUCCAAGGGUUCACCUUUACAAACGGUAAAGCUCCACAAAUCAAGCCAACACCUGUCUUACUUGAGCAUACCAAGGAAACUCCUAAAGUAAGUCCGUUCGCUUCAUUCACUUUCGUAGGAAGUAAACCGUUUGCUGGAGUUCCAGCUUCGGAAAGUGACUCUGCUGGCAACAAGUCAUUCACUGAUAUUUUCGGCAGCCUAACUAAACUUUCUACUCCAACCGCAACAACUGGUAUAACACCCUUGGUUGAUAAAACGCCAGAAAACAAGAUCAACAUAUCUGGUUCCGAGGAGGUAGUAGAGGACUUUGUUCCAACAGCAGAUUUUAAACCGGUCAUUCCACUGCCGGAUCUGGUUGAAGUAAAAACCGGCGAGGAAGGUUUCGACUGUGUAUAUGAACACCGGGCAAAAUUGUUCCGUAUGGAUAAGGAAGCAAAAGAAUGGAAGGAACGGGGUCUAGGAAAUAUUAGAAUUCUCGUGAAGAAAGAUGAUAAGAAUGUAGCCCGGCUAUUGAUGAGACGCGAGCAGGUACUGAAAUUGUGUUGUAAUCAGCUUAUAACUAAAGAUAUUAAAUUUACACCGAACGAGAAAAAUAACUCAUUAACCUGGGUAGGACAUGAUUUCUCCGAGAAUGAGUUGGCAGUGGAAACUUUUACAAUUCGGUUCAAAACUGCCGAAAUUCGGGAUGACUUCCACAAAACGAUAAUGAAAGUGCAGGAAGCAAUGAACGACAAGGCGGUUGUUGAAGAGAGUAGUAAACCAGAAGAGAAACCCGAGCAAAAGGGAUUUGGUGAUCAGUUCAAACCAAAGGCUGGUUCAUGGAACUGUGGAUCGUGUUACGUGUCUAAUAAACCUCAACAUAGCUACUGUAUAGCUUGCGGGGAGCCUAAUGGAUCCGCCGACACUAAAACAGAAACUAACGUUUUCACGAAUUUCGGAACGAGUACAUAUUCUUUCGGAUUCCAACCAUCGGCAGAAACGCCGAAAUUCAGCUUUGGUGUAUCGCCGUCAACACCUGUGAAAACUGUAGAAUCCGAUAAACCCAAAGGAUUUGGAGAUCAGUUUAAACCCAAGGCAGGCUCAUGGACAUGCGGUGGAUGCUAUGUGAGCAAUAAAAGUGAUGAUUUGUACUGCUUAGCGUGUGACACUCCGAAGGAUUCUUCAGUUCCGAAAAGGGACAGUAAAACAUCUAUCGCCAAUAACCUGCCACAAUUCAGCUUUGCCUCUGGUGGUGGUUUUACCUUCGGUACGCCUGCUAAUACCACUGCGUCAAGUACAACAGCCACCAAUACGUCCACUAAUGUUCCUGCAGCAGGAGGAUUUGCCUUCGGUUCAACAACAUCAGGAUUUUCGUUUGGUACUCCAUCGGCAACAGUGCCAGCUGCCGCAUCAACGAUCAACGUCCCUACUACUACAUCACCGUCUAGUUUCCGUUUUGAACUUCCGAAACCAACAAUGUCGUUCGGCUCCACAUUAUCGGACAAAAAGUCGACGGCAGAAGAACAGCCAGCUUCCAUUGAUAAACUUCCGGCUCCAGAAAAAUCAACCUUUGAGUUUGUCUUCAAGCCAAAAUCACCAGGAAAACCCAAAAGUCCUGGUCGCACGAUAAGCGUUGGUUCCGAAACCGGCGAGGGUGAAACUGAAGAUGGCGAAGAAUGUUGCGAAGAGGAAAACAAUACCUAUUUUACUCCAGUCAUUCCGCUGCCGGAGAAGGUUGAAGUUAAAACGGGUGAAGAGGACGAAGAUGUGCUGUAUUCACAUCGAGCUAAACUAUACCGUUUCGUAGACAAGGAGUGGAAAGAACGCGGUCUGGGCGACGUUAAAAUCCUAAGGCACAAAACUACUAGGAAGUUAAGAGUUGUUAUGCGGCGUGAUCAAGUGCUGAAAAUAUGUUUGAAUCAUGUGCUUGAUGAAGAUGUUGUGUACAAGGAGAAAGACGACAAAUCAUGGCAGUUUGUGGCGAACGAUUUCUCAGAGGGUUCAUUUGAGGCUAUGAAUUUUUCGUUGCGAUUUAAGACAUCAGAAAUUGCAAAAGAAUUUAGAAAUGCAAUUAGACGUGCUCUUGGUGAAGAUGAAAAGAAUAUUGAAACUGUGGCCGAGAAUAACCAUAAUACCACACUAGAUACCACUAUUUCGACUCCGAAUAGCAACAAUUUCAAUUUUUCACAGUUGAGUGACAUAUCAUUGAACGAUAAAGAAUUGGCCGUUAGCCUUAAACUUCCGGAAAACUUUUUUGACUCCCCAAACCAACCUUGCCCAGGUUGCCGCGGGUGCGAUUCAGAAAAUUUCCAAUUUCCGAAUUACACCAGUUCUGUAACUCAAGAUUCGGAAGAUGACAAACCGCUACCGAUGAGUGUUGUCGAUGUUAAACCGCUACCACUAACGCCAAAGUUUAGCAAGUCUCCCAAAAGAGUGAGCUUCACUGAGAACCUUGAGGAACAGAAAGUAGUAAACCUAUUUGACACUCUGGCGUCGAAAAAGGAGCAAAAAACACCGUUCAGCUUUAGUAAUUUCGCAGCAGCAGAAAAACAGUCGUCAGCUUCAACUAUUAUUGGUAGUGCAGCAAAACAAACAGAACAAAGCACACCGAAAUCCAUUUUUGGGGGAAAUUUCGGGAUAACGUCAAAUAAUACUUCUGCUUCACCGGCAUCCGGAUCGAUUUUUUCUUCAUCGCUAAAUACAACACCAAAAACAGCAAUCGUCUCUUCACAAGUUACCACCGAAAAGAGUAAGUCACCACUCUUACAACCAUCAGUGUUCGGGACGUCUUCUCCAGCCUUGAACAAAUCUGCGGAAGGUGUAAAACUUUUCGGAACCGCAUUCAAUCAAAAUGUUUCCAACUCCAAGAUUUUUGGAGGAUCACCGAACACUCCUGCCACUGUUAAGGACGAAGCCGUUCCUACCGGCAAUACAUCGACACCAACUUUCGGCUCAGCUGGUAAAACAGCUUUUGGAGGAAUUUCUAGUGCGACGUCUACGCCCAUUUUUGGUUCCGUGGCUAUUAAUAACUCAGCUUCUUUGGUAGGAGAAUCAAAAGUGUUUGGGUCUAGUACUUUUGGCAAAGAAUUCAGCUUCGCGGAUGCUGCUAAAGGCUUUAACAAAAAUAGUGGGGAUAGUAAAGCGGAACUAGAUAUUUUGAAAAGGAUGGAACCGGGCGUAAGCUUCGCGGAUUUAGCGUCCGGCGGCUCUAAAAAUUUUCUGACAAAGCAAAGCGCCCCAAACAGUGGUUUCAUAGGCUUGACUGUGAAAGAAGAUGUUUUUACGCGAAUGGCCAACAAAACGAAGAAUGACAGCGGCAAUGCGGCCGACACCGAAGACGGUAACGGUUCGGCGGCUGCAGUUGAUGAGAAUUAUGAUCCUCAUUACGAGCCAAUCAUUCAGUUACCAGACGAAAUUGAAGUACGUACCGGCGAAGAGGAAGAAACGAAGUUGUAUGGUGACAGAGCAAAGUUGUAUCGAUACGAUGAUAAUACUAAGGAAUGGAAAGAACGAGGUGUCGGUGAACUCAAAAUUUUGCAUCAUCCAGGACGUAAUAGUUACCGGAUGUUGAUGAGGCGGGAGCAAAUUUUUAAAUUAGUGCUCAAUCACGCCAUUACGGUUGACCUGCAGAUGUCGUCGUUGAAUAAUUCCAGCAAAGCCUUUGCGUGGGCUGCUAUGAAUCAUGCAGAAGAAGGGGCACAGCUUGAGAAACUUGCUUGUCGUUUCAAAAAUGAAGAUAUAGCCAGCUCUUUCAGAACCAUUUUUGAGCAGUGUCAGGAAAAAUUACGAAAAAAGCCGCACUUGGAACCAGACCAAGACUAAUUCUAGUAUGACGCUGGCCGUAAGUGACUAUACAGCAAAAAAAGAUAGCUAUAAACAUUCAAAUGUUACAAUUAUUGGUAUCCAUCUGUUACAUCUCAACUUGUUUAAUGUAGUUUGUUCCAAAACAAAAAGCCCAUCGUUUAGUAACACUAGUUUUGUUUUGUUUUGGUGUUAGGAGAGAAUAGGUUUUGUUUAUCGGCUCCAGAAAUGCAUGAUUACUGCAAAAUAAAAAUAUACUGUUUUAUUGGACACCGCAGCUAAUGAACAUAUUCUUGUCUAAUAAAGCUAGUGAUUCACAUCAGCACGAUGGAAAGAACACACUCCACACAGAUCAUCAAAUCAAGUUCGUUUAAUAAUUUAAUAAUGAAUAAUUAAAAAUAAUCUGAAGUGACAGCUUUGCCCCAUGGGCUUAUAAACCCCCAGUCUAAAAUCCCGCGAAAUUUGCAAAGAAAAGACUGACGCAUAGCGAUAUUCUUACCGAAAAAAAACAUUUUCCACGGAAAAAGGCAUAGUUUGCUCUUCACUUCAGGUUAGUUUUUUUAUAUGUCCCGCUUAUAGCGGAUAAACUUUGCUUAAGCAUACUACUGUUAACAUAGGAAACUAGAAUAAGUGAAAAGUAAAAUGUUUUCUGAGAAUUGACAAGAUUCUCUGAUUCUGCUAAGCAAUAAAAAAAUUUGAUUUUUGUUCCUGCGCACAUAAGAGUCAGCAUUUGCGUAAUAAACAGUCAGAGUAGAUCAACACCAUGUCAAUGUAA